UUCUUAAUUUAGUUCGUAACAAAGAAAAAAAAAGAAAAUUAAUAUAAAAAACAUAUAACAAGAAUCCUAUUUGGCUUCUCAUCUCAGCUUUCCUCAACACCAACAACAACAGCGACGAGAGGGAGAGAAUUAGGUUGAAAAACCCUAAACACAGCAUUUUACAGAGUAGAUUAAAGUUCUCAUUCGAUCCUUCCGAUAAUUACAGUUCUGCCCUUGUUCGGGCUUAAUGGCGUUUUAGGGUUUCUAUUUGUUUGUUCCCUUCUUCUUCUUCUUCAGCGCUCGGUAUGAAGAAGAGUGAUAAUAAUUAUAGAAUAUGAAGUUUGAUGAAUCUUCUUUAACUAGGUAUCUUGUGAAGAAUCUUCAACCCUUGACAGAAGCUGAUCCGUUGAUUCUUGCAAAGUAUGUUGUAGCAUUGUUGAAGAAGGAAAAACCUAUUAAAGACCUACAAAAUCUUUGUGCAGAGAACUUAGUGGAAUUUCUUGGUCAAGAUACAAAUUCUUUCAUUGCAAAUUUGUUCCAAGCCCUUGAAGAUGAUUCGAUUGCAUCAUCAACUAAGAGUUUGAAUUCCCUUGAGCGAGAUAAAUCAUCUUCAUCUAUUGCUAGAGUGGCUUCCGUAGAACUAAAUACAUCUUUUUCAAAAACAGAGGAGCUUUCUCCCUCUGGUCAAAGUGAUUCCGAGGAGAAUGAAAUCAGUGAUGAUGACGACGAUGAUCGUAACCACAAACACCGGAGGCGGGAAACACGUUCCGAGUCUUCUGAGAAGGAUGUGCCAGAUCAACCUUUCAGAAGACAAAACAGAAAACGUAAUAGACCUUUUGUCAAUGGGCACAUGUUCGGCGAGAAUGAUCCCCAAUCAAGUGGAAGCCAGGGACAGUAUAACCCAACUUCUAUGGUGAUUGAUCAGUCUGGGAGGUCUGAGAAAAGGCGUCUUGGCUUGGCACCUUUACCUCGAGGUAAUUUUGAAUCAAACCAGAGAGGCAGAGUAAACCAGGCACUUCGUGGUGAGGGUGGUUCUCGCACAGAUCUGUCCAUGUCGUUAAAUCGUCUUCCCGGUGGUAGAGGAAGGGGAAUGACCUCUGGCCUCUGGAGCCAACAUGAUCCAAGGUUCACCCCUGUAGGCACACUUGAUUUUGCUUCUCAAAUAGCUGCACAAGGACCUACAUCUGGUCUGUUUGCAGGAAGGGGGUUGCAAAGUGCUGCAACCACACAAAAUGCACCUUGGGGUGCAUUUGGGUUAAUUCCUGGAAUGCCCAAUGGGGGUCUGGAUGCGCUUCAUCCACUUAUGCAAGGAGCACUUAGGGCGCCGAUUAAUCCUCCACUUAAUAUUGGUAUAGCCCAUCAGCGGUGUAGAGAUUUUGAGGAGCGUGGAUUUUGUCUGAGAGGCGAUAUGUGCCCGAUGGAGCAUGGUGUAAACAGAAUCGUCGUCGAAGAUGUCCAGAGUCUUUCACAGUUCAACCUCCCUGUUUCGGUUCCAAGUGCAUGCCAUUUAGGAAAACCUACUGGAUCAGGAGCGUUACCUACAGUCAGUGGUGCUUCAAACCUGUCAUCAAGUAGCAAGGGUUUACAUGGUAAAAGUAGCAUUCCCGGGACAAAUGGAAAUGGGCUGGGCAUGAAUGGGGUGUUACCUGUUUCCUCUAGUGCAGGGGAGGCUGAUUUGUAUGAUCCCGAUCAGCCGUUGUGGAAUAAUAGUUCUCUUGAAGCAUCAAGUUCAUUCCUGAGGCUUUCUUCGCCAAAAAGUAAUGAGGCUGAAGCUUUAUGGAAUACCGAUCCGUCAGAUCGCCGAAAUUUUACAUUAUCUGACAGUGUUAGUAGUGACUUCAUAGGGAGAAAUAUUACCUCUUCUGAUGGUUUACAGGGUACCAAUUCUUCUGUUUGGGGCUGGAUCGGGAGUUCUGGAAAUAAAGCGGAAGUGUCGGGUAAGAAUGAAAGUGCAGCAGCUUCCUCAGGGUAUCUUGGAAGUGAAGCAAAAGAAGAUCAGGUGGAGGGGUUACUACCUGGUGGUUCAGGUAGUGUUCGUCAAAGAAAAUGGACUAUUCCCAAGGAUGUUGGUUCAAAAGUAAAGAUUUGUGCUUCUACGUCAAGGCAGCAAUCUGAUCCUACCCGUGUUACAGAGAGAGCCUCUCAGAAAGCUCAGCGCACCCUAUUUGUUAAUGGUAUUCCCCUUAAAAGUAACAAAAAGGAUUCCCUCCUUUCACAUUUUCAAAAGUUUGGGGAGGUUAUCGAUAUUUAUAUACCGCUUAACAGCGAGCGGGCUUUUGUCCAGUUUUCUACAAGAAAAGAGGCAGAAUCUGCCCUCAAGGCACCUGAUGCUGUAAUGGGUAAUCGCUUCAUCAAACUAUGGUGGGCUAACCGAGAUAGUAUUCCUGAAAACGGUGUUGGUGUUGGUAAUACCACAUCUAUGGCUCCCUAUGGUCUCGUAGGUGCUUCUGGUCCUCCUCGAUCAUCUAGUACUGACAGAGGAAAGGAGAAUCUCCCGGCUGUAGCACUGAAGGUUGGUGCCAUGUCUGUGCCUGAUACUUCAGUACCGGUAGCUGUUAAUGCAGUAACAAAUGGUUCCAAGGACAUACCAUCACAGACGAAGCUGGAGAGCUUGGAACUUUUGAAGGAACAACUGCGUCUAAAGCAGGAAAUGCUGGAUCAGAAGCGGAAUGACUUCCGGCGCCAGUUGGAUAAGCUUGAGAAAAAAGCCGUUGUAGUGAAAGGUGAAGCAACAGCCCAGCAAAUAGGUAAGAAACAGCAAGUGGGAGCAGCGACUGAUAUUGUAAAAUCUGUAACUCCACACUCAACGAAUUCUAGUAAAGCUAUGUUGAAGCCAGGAGUUGACAAGUCUCAAGAUAUGAACAGUCUUGGGGAGAAUCUUUCAUUUCCUAGUUCUAAAAUAAUCUCACCUGCCGCGGUGCAGUCACCAAGGACGUUGUUGCCAACAAGUCAUCCAUCAGUGGCAGGAGGGAGUUCUUUUUCAGCGAAUAGAUUCAAAUUGGACAAUCGUCCUACUACCUUUCGAAUUCUUCCGCCUGUUCCUGCUGAUUUGGCAAAUGUUGCUGUAUUGAAGGAGCAUUUUUCAUCAUUUGGUGAUCUCUCUACAGUUGAGGUAGAGGAUUUUGAACAUUGUAAUGAUUCUGCAAAUCCUGAGCUAUCUGACAGUCGCUCAGCUCGUAUAACUUUUACAACACGUCGAUCGGCUGAGAAGGCAUUUACAAACGGUAAAUGCUUGCAGGGCCAUAAUUUAAAAUUUAUGUGGCUGACGACCUCCAGUAAUCCCACUAGCAGUAGUGGGAGAGAAAGUUCCUCUACUUUCACCACCAAGGGUCCCCCAGAGGCUGAAGGCCGAACUGGGAAUGCGGUAUCUGGAGCUUCAACAUCAACUACAGGUAUAUCAACACGGCAUGUUUCUGACCCGGCUUCUACCUCUGGAAAUGGAGAAGCUGUUAGUUCGGAAGAGGUAAAUGGUGGAGAUAAGCCUGUGGGCCUUGUUGAAGCUUGCGGGGGCAGUCCUACUGUCAUGUCACCAAGCCAGAAGCAGUCACGUAAAGCUUAUGAUGUGAUUCAUGAGGAUAGUCAUGAUGUGAAAAAUGCAGAAUGAGUUGACAGCGGUGUGGUUUAAUAUUCAACUCUGUUUCUCCUGAAAGGAGGAGCCUGGACAGACGAAAGGCCUACCAAUGCUCCGCGACUAGUCUUAGGUACAAACAAUCGUAGCUUUUGAGACCCGGUUUUUGAAGGGUUCCCAAUAUGUAUUUUUCUUAUCCUAUAUUUUUUUACAUCCUAAAAAAAACGUCAAACCACAAAGUGUUGUUAACACAAAGUGUUAACCUUGCAAGUAUAUGAGUGAAAUAUUAAGCUUAUAUAUGAAUUAGCCAUAUAUAUAUUAAUGAUACCAGUCGAUUCGUCUUUAAUGCUGUAAGACGAUUAUAUUUUUUGUUUAUAGUCUAGCUCCCAUAAUUCCUUGCGCCUAUAACUUCUCAAAGGUACCAAAUAAUUAUGAUGUUCUAAAGCUGCUUUUAGUGUUUCUUUU